AUCGUGUCCACCGCCUCCACCCCCACCCCCCAUAAACACCUGCCCCACGGUGAUCGUCUCCUGCUGUGGCUGUGGAUGUGGCAAUGGUGUAGAGUGUAAUACGAACGGGUUGUGCAACAUCAUCCAACCAGCUUGUCACCAGGUGCCAGUGAUGUGGUGUCGGACUAGGAAUCAGAUCGAACAAGAGGGAGUCACGGUGAAGGGCACCCCCCACUUCAACCCGGACCCUGAUGCAGAGACCCUCUACAAAGCCAUGAAGGGAAUCGGGACCAACGAGCAGGCCAUCACGGACGUUCUCACGCGGAGAAGCAACACGCAGCGGCAGCAGAUAGCCAAGUCCUUUAAGGCUCAAUUUGGCAAGGAUCUCACUGAGACCUUGAAGUCGGAGCUGAGCGGCAAGUUUGAGAGACUCAUCGUGGCUCUCAUGUACCCGCCGUACAGAUAUGAGGCCAAGGAGCUGCACGAUGCCAUGAAGGGCUUAGGGACCAAGGAGGGCGUCAUCAUUGAGAUCCUGGCCUCCCGGACGAAGCAGCAGCUGCAGGAGAUCAUGAAGGCCUAUGAGGAAGAUUACGGGUCCAGCCUGGAGGAAGACAUCCAAGCAGACACCAGCGGCUACCUGGAGAGGAUCCUGGUGUGCCUCCUGCAGGGUAGCAGGGAUGAUGUGAGUGGCUUUGUGGACCCAGGACUGGCUCUCCAAGAUGCACAGGAUCUGUAUGCAGCUGGUGAAAAGAUUAACGGGACAGAUGAGAUGAAAUUCAUUACCAUCCUGUGCACGCGCAGUGCUCCUCACCUGAUGAGAGUGUUUGAAGAGUAUGAGAAAAUUGCCAACAAGAGCAUCGAGGACAGCAUCAAAAGUGAGACCCACGGCUCCCUGGAGGAGGCCAUGCUCACUGUGGUGAAGUGCACCAGAAAUGUCCACUGCUACUUUGCUGAGAGACUGCACUAUGCCAUGAAGGGAGCAGGGACACGUGAUGGGACCCUGAUAAGGAACAUCGUCUCUAGGAGUGAGAUUGACCUAAAUCUCAUCAAGAAUCAGUUCAAGAAGAUGUACGGCAAGACCCUCAGCAGCAUGAUCACGGAGGACACCAGUGGUGACUACAAGAAUGCCCUGCUGAGCCUGGUGGGCCAUGACCCCUGAAGGCGCCCAAGAACUCCAGCAAAGGCCAAGACCCCUCCACAGACCUUGGCCGUGGACCUCAGCCAGCCUCUCUGUCUUCUUUCGUCUCUCCGCUUGCAGCCAGUGUUUCUGAGCCAGCAAUGGUCUUCUCCCUGCACUUGCCUUCCAGGGAUGAGCUCAACUCCAAACUUCAUUCAUGUUCUCUCCAGGCCAACAGAUGCCGUGGCAUGGAGGGACCCACGGUAUGCUGGGGGCUCAUUUCUUCCUCCUGAGACAGGAACAUUCCAAAUUCUAUAGGCCAAAAAGCAUCAGCAGAGUCCAGGCUCUACUGAUAUUCCAACCCCAACCCUGCCUGUCCCCCUAAAUUAGGUGGGUUCCCCAGAGGAGAGAGCCAGGAGUGUGGAUUUUCAACAAGCACCCCAGCCAUUGGGCUUCUCUCCUGGACAGUUGCCGCUGCAACCCAUUUGCUUUGAUAGCAUACACUAGUGGGCCACUGAGAUGGGGUUGCAUGUAUGUAUGGCAACUUUACUGCCACAAGCAUUCAUUGACCAGCCUCAUCUAACAGUACUGGGCUCUAGCUGGAAGGAAAAUUCUCUCACUGUCCUGAGCUACAAAUCUGUCCAGACCCAAGAACACUAUGUUCCAGGUGGCUCAGACUUCCAGGCAUGGAUCAGUGCUGAUGCCUUUUCUUCCUAUAAUGCAGUAUGUGUCUUAGAGGAACACACCUACACCCUGAGCACAGUUCUUGCCUCACCCAAAUGACUGCUGGGGCCGGACGCCCAGAGCAGGAGGUGCCUUUGCUAUGGUUUUUAGAAUAAAAAAGAUUUUUGUGUUCAGAAGUGCCUCUGUGUU